AUGAUCAGGGAAUCGCAGCAGCAACACAGAGAGGAGCAAUCUUUAUCCUCCACAUCUUCCGAACAACAACCUAUUGAAAAUCCAUCAUCGUCAUUAUCACAACCACCUCUUCUACUCAAGGAACGGAUUCGAGCCAUGUUUAUUGCCCAUGGCUCUCCGACUCUAUGCAUUGAACCUUCUCAUGGCAUGAAUCAAUUACUUUCCAACCAAGUGGCUUUUCAAUUUAAAAACAAGCGACCAAAAGCAGUGGUAGUAUUUACUGCACAUUGGGAAGCUCAUCCUCAUGUGGCCAUCAGCUUCCAUGAUUCCUCGACCACCUACGAGACCAUUCAUGAUUUUUAUGGCUUUCCACGAGAAAUGUAUGAAAUUGAAUAUCCUGCUAAGGGAGCUCCUGAAGUUGCUCAAAGAAUCGAACAAUUACUUCAACAGAAUUCCAUUCCAACACGAAGAGAAAUGAGACGAGGAUUAGAUCAUGGCACUUGGGUCAUUCUGAAAGCUCUCUUCCCUGAAGCCAACGUUCCAGUAGUUCAGUGCUCCAUUGACGAGAAGAGCUCUGUCGAACAUCACUACAAGAUUGGAAAAGCCUUAGCUCCAUUAGCUUAUGAAGAUGUUUUGGUGAUUGGCUCUGGAGCGACUGUUCAUAAUCUGGGACGAGUGAGCUGGGGAAAGAAAACUCCAGAUGCAUGGGCAGUGGAGUUUGAUCAAUUCUUGGUGGAUAACAUUUCCAAAUGGAAUACAGAUGCCCUGUUUAAAUAUGACCAAUUAGCUCCCCAUGCGAAACAAGCAGUACCAAGAAGUGAACAUUUUGUUCCACUCUUUGUGGCAAUGGGUAUGGCUGAUGAAACAAAGAAAGGAGAUGUUCUAGAGAGGUUUUAUGACUUUGGAAGCUUGAGUUAUUUGAGCUUUGUGUUUUAG